GUUUGGGAAAGCUGCCUGUGCCUUUAAGCAGAACCAUGUGACUGAGUCUUGUUUCUGUCUAUUUAUAACCGUGACCCAGUCCAAUCUGAAAGGCUCAUUUGCAGUGUGGCGGUAUGGGUGGAUUCUUCGGGCAGUGCUGAAUUUUCGAAGAAGGCUUUCAGAGCCGCGAUGUCCACUACCAACCAUCUGGAGCCACCACAACAUACAUGUAGACUGGUGUGCUUUCCGUCGUGUGAUUGCACCACCGGCUUCGUCAUGCACGUCGUUACCAUGCCUAAGAUAUCUUUUACAUCUUUGAAACUUAGGCCAGUUUAUUACCAAGAAUACCAACUUAUUGUGGAAACCGUUAUUUCUAAUGCCUGUGCUUGAUUCUGAGUUGUUUUCGAACAUAAACAUUGAGAUCUGCAAAGAAUACACAAUUUUUAUUAGCCUGCUUUCCAGUAGGUUUAUGAGAUCACCUGGCAUUCCAUGUGUCCAUUUGUGUGUCCCCGCUCAUCAACUUCACAACGCCUGGACCAAUAUGGACCAAAUCGGGAAAAUAAGCUUUCCAUUUGGUUUGCUGGAGACUUUGGAGGCUUGAACCCAAAUGUGGAAUGUCAUGGAGAAUUGCGUCUACUAUGUGAUAUUCGACACAGUGGUGAUGUUAUGGAUAUGGAGUUCUUGGAUCAGGAGAGAAUUGUGGCUGCUUCAUCCACAGGCAGUGUGACCAUAUUCCGGCAUCAUCAAAAUAGUCAAACUCUCUCUCUAAGCCAGAAAUGGGAGAAUGCACAUCACUAUGAUUCAUCCAAUGGGAGUGCAUCAUGCACUGGGAUAAUCUGCAAUAGCCCUGACAUUUUUACUGUUGGUGAAGAUGGCAGAAUAAAUAUGUUCACAGCUGAUCGUAAGGAAGCUGUACGUACCAUAGACAAUGCUGACAGCAGUACACUCCAUGCAGUAACUUGUCUUCGCACAACUGAGAUUGUAACAGUUAAUUCAAUUGGUCAGCUAAAAGUAUGGGAUCAUAGACAACAAGGAAAUGAACCUUCACAAAUACUUUCAAUGACAGGGGAGAGAAUUCCACUGCACUGUGUUGACAGGCAUCCCAGUCAACAGCACAUUGUAGCUACAGGUGGCCAAGAUGGAAUGUUGAGUAUUUGGGAUGUAAGACAAGGCACCAUGCCAGUAUUCUUGUUAAAUGCUCAUGAUGCAGAAUUGUGGGAAGUGCACUUUCAUCCUUCCAAUCCUGAUCAUCUGUUCACAUGUUCAGAGGACGGAUCUCUGUGGCACUGGGAUGCUUCCACUAAUGUGUCUGAAAGAAAACCUUUUCUUCAUACAGGUGGGCGAAGCACUACAUUUCUUUCUCACAGUGCAGCUAAUGAAUAUAUAAUAAAUGCCUGGCUAAGCAAUGAUCCUACUAAAGACCGCAUGGAGAUCACAAAUUUAAUUCCGAAUCCCACAUUAUCUGUUAAUACUUUAGAUGUUUUAGGAUCAUGUAUUCUAUGUGGAACUGAUGCAGAAUCUAUUUACGUUAAGAAGAACCUUUUUGCAUGAUCUUACUCUGGCAUAACAGGUCCAGCAGUUUAACUUUAAAUACUCGAAUUCAUAACCAUUUGGCGCAGCCAUGAUUAAACUAUAGGGACAUAACUUGAAAUUUACAUUAUAGCUUGAUUUUUACAUAAACUAUUGUCAAUUGUGCAUAGGUGACUUACACCUUUUUCCAAUAAAUUGUCUAAUUCUGAUUUUAAAGAGCAAGGGUAAUGUGACAGUUGUCAACAGGUCUCCAAAAACUAUGAAGAAGGAAAUUCAAAUGCUUUAGUACUCGUGGUAAUAGACCAAGUUCCUGAGCAAAAGCCUACUUAUGGGAAACCUGCUACAUAUAAAAGCAACGUUUAAGAUUUCUCAUUGAUGUAAGAAAAUUGCAAACAGUGGCAUCAGCCCUUAAAAGUAUUUAAGAGCACCUUCAUUUAAUAGUGCUUGCCUCUAAACACUCUCUAUCCUUAUUGAUAAAACCAAUAUUUGGCCUGUGGUAUAAAUUCCAUUUAGAGUGCCAACCUUUUAACUUGGAAGUAAAUAUUGUGGAUUUCAGUUUGGCUUAGUUCCAGUUGUGUGCUAAGGCUUAUUUCUUCUAUGACCUGAAGGGGGGGGGAAACUGCAUGUGAAACUAUUAAAUUGCCUGACUUCAUGUACCAUGUAUUGUUUUCAUAUUGUUAAUCUUUCACAAAAGUUGUUCACUUUGAAAGUAAUAAAACAAAGAUAGUUAAAAUUGUAUAGAGUUUAUGAACAUUAAAGCUGCCUUGUUAGA